AUGAAGAAGCCAAUUUUAAUAGUUUGUUUAUUUUUUUUUUAUUUUUUUUUAUAUAUAUUCGCAAAAAAAAAUGACAUAAAUUAUGGAGAUAUAGGUAUUGAAAAGCCAUAUUGUUCCUUCAAAUUUUUAGAAAAAAAUAUUUUAGGUGAUAAGACAAAAUGUUGUAGUAAUAUUUUUAAUAUAUGGAAAUGCCAAAAUAUUAUAAAUAAAAACAAAAAUUAUAAAAAUCCGAAAACUAUAUUUAAAAUAGAUCAUUAUAAUAAUGACAGUCCCAAAUUAGUAAAAAUACUUUCAAAUGAACUCUAUAAUUUUUUUUCUGAAUUUGUUUAUGCAAAAUCUAUAAAAUAUCCAUCUUAUAUCGAUUUUAUAUGGUUAAAAUGGAAUCUACCAAAUGUGGAUAGACAAAUAUAUGAAUGGAAAACGGUUCACAAAAAAAAUGGGAUCAAUUUUUAUGAAAAUCUGCAUCUAAAUAAUACAGUUUUAGAGGAAUAUUACAGCUUUAGAAAAAUUCGAAGAUUAGAUGAGCUUGAUGAUGACGAUGAAGAAGAAGAGGAAGAAGAAGAGGAAGAAGAAGAAGAAGAAACAGAUGCAAUUCCAGUUCCAGGCCCAGUUGCAGGCCCAGUUGUAAGCCCAGAUGAAGCUGCAGAAUUGGAAGAGAUAGAGAACGAUAUAAACGUCGACCAAGUAAAUGAAAAAUACGAGGUAACUAUCGAUAAAAGCAUAUUUGCAGAAGGAAGGAAAGGAAAUUUUACAGGAGACAAUACAAACAAUGAUUAUGUAUGUGACUUUAGAAAACAUGUAAAAGUAAGUGAAUCUAAAGAAACAGAAAAAGUGUGUGAAUUAAAUAUAGUAAAACCAAUAGCAAAUAUAAAUAUAAUAUGUCCAACAAAAGAUUCAGGAAAUGGUGAGUUUGAUAAUAUAACAUAUUUUCCUAAAAGGGCUCCAUAUAUUGUUUUAGUAAAAACUAACGAACCAGAAAAAGAAGGAAAAAUAAAAUUUAAAGAAAAAAAAAUAGCUGAUUUAUUAUAUGGUACUAUAAUACCUAAAACACAUAAUGGAAAAAAAAAUAAUUUUAAUCGAGGAUCUAUAAGAUUUAUAUUACCUUCAAUUGUUGUUAAACCUACAACCUUUUAUAUAAUAUGUGAUAAUUCAAAAUCCAAAAAAGAUACAUUUAAAGGAAAAAAGGGAAUAGCAAAAAUAUCUGUUAUGCCUUAUGGAAGUAUUGAAAAAGGAUGUAACUACAGUAAAAACAAAAAUCACUUAUUCGGUAUAAACAUUGAUAUUGAAGAGAAAGAAAAACAAGUUGAUGAUGCUGAAAAUGUGAUAGACAAUAAUGGGAAAGGAAAUAUGCCAUGUUUUUUUCAAUUAAAUGCAGGAGAAGCAGGAGGUAUUAUUUUUCCUGAAAAUUAUAAAUCUAGUACAUGCUUUGAAGAAGUAAUAGAAUAUAAUCCUAAUAAAAAAUGGGAUAGAAAUAAAAAAGAAAUAAAUGAAUUAAUAAAUGGUGCUAUAAUAUAUAAAAGUGAUAUAAAUUAUAAAUAUUUUAAUGCAAAAUAUAUUGGUAUACCUACUAGCUAUAGAAAGCCAUUACAUAUUUUUUGUACAAUUACAACAACAGAUAAUAAAUCUCAUAUGGUAUAUCUAAGUAUUAAUCAAGAGAUAAGUAUGUCUGCUUUUGAUUUAUUUGAAUCUUUUAUACGAUUAAAUAAAAUGACAGAAGUGGCUCAAACAGUGAGUCAAAAAAAUGAAUACGUAUGUGAUUUUACAAACAGAUUAGAUGCAACACGUGAUAAUAAUGAAAAUAUUAAAAAGGUUAUUAUAUGUAGAAAAAAAUUAAAAGAAUUUGAUAUAUUUAGAUUAAAAUGUGAUUUUAAUAAAACAAAAUAUAAAAAUAUUGAAAUGAUUCCAGGUUCAAUAAAGGAAAAACAACAUGUACUUAAGUUAGACUCAGAUGUACAACUUUUACUUUUAAAAUUGUAUAUGAAAUUAAAUUCAAAUUUAUAUAGACAUGUACAUGAAUAUCCACCUCUACUAGUUUUUCCGUUAAAUAUAAUUAGCAAAUUAGAAUUGAAAAAAAAUAUAAUAUUUAAAAAUCAUAAAUAUGAAAAAUAUUUUAAUGAAGCACCUAAUAAAGAUGGCUUAUUAGUAAAUUUAUUAACAUACUUAAAAUCAUUAGAUGUAUUAUCUAUGAAUACAGAAAUUGAAUCCAUAAAUCUAGAUGUAAAUGAUUCGGAUCAAAAUGUUGUAGAUAUCUCAUUUCAAGUGCCAGCAUAUAUAUAUAAUGACAAUCCAUACUAUUUUGUUUUUGGAUGUAAUAAUACAAACGAUAAUGGAAAAAUUGGUAUUGUUGAAUUAAUUAUUUCAAAAAACGAAGAAAUUAUAAAAGGUUGUAAUUUUCAUUCUGAUGUUUUAGAACACUUUUCAAAUAAUGUAAAACCUAGUGAGUCCGAAUGUAAAAUAGAUGCAUAUCCAAAUGAUAUUAUAGGUUUUAAUUGUCAAAAAAACCAAUAUUCUAUUCCAACCGAGGAUGACAUAAAUGCAGAGACAGAUGUAGAUUUAGAGAAUGUGAAGGUUGAACCAAAUGAUUGUUUUGAUUCUAUAAAUAUAGGUUCUACUAAAAACUAUUUAGUGAAUGUAUUACCAGGGGUUCAAACAUACCAUAACAAGUCAAGAGGUAUGCCAAGGUAUUUUAAAGUACCAUAUCAUAACAAUGAAUUAGAUGUUACAUUUGAAUGUUCAUGUUCAAUGGGUUCUAAAACCAAGAAAAUAUCAGUAACUGUGAAAGCUUUAAAUGAUAAAGGUCCGAAAGAAUAUGAAAAAAGUGAAAUAAAAAGUAUCCCAUCAACAGUAGAUGAUGAUGUAUAUGUUUGUCCUAAUAAUCAAGCUAUAGAAGCAAAGUUAAUAAAAUGGAAUAAUACAGAUACUGAAAUUAUAGAUAGUUGUAAAAUAGAUGUAAACAGAUUUCGCUCGUAUGCUCAAUUAGCAUGUCCAAACAAUAAUUUUUCUAUGCAUAGUAAUAUUCAAAUAACUUACAAUAUAUCAAAACCCACUAAAAUAGAUGAAUAUAAAACUUUUAAUGAAUCCGAAUUAAAUAAACUAAUUCCCCAUUCAGAAAUACUUGUAGAUGUAAUAGAGUCAAAUAAUGAUAUAAAUGUAGAUACUUAUAAUGUGUAUCUAUUUUUUCCUUAUUAUAUUAAAGAUGAUUAUGAAAUUAAUGUUGUUUGUGAUAAUAGUCAUACGAAAUAUGAAAACAAAAGAGGAGGAAAAUAUAUCUAUAAUAUUAAAAUUCCUAAAAGACAAAAGAAAGUUAAAGGAUGUAAUUUUAAUACAAAUAUAAAAUCUGAAAUGUUUGAAAAUGGAGAAAUAAUAAAAGUUGGUGAAAAUACUAAUACAUGCAAAAUAGAUGUAAAACCAAAAGAUGUAAUAGCUUUUGAAUGUCCACCUGAAACUGUCAAAAUUACUAAUUGUUUUAAAGAUGCUAUAAUAGAUAAUAAAUUAAUUAAUUUAUCAACAGUUUUACAAUUAAAUAAUAAUAUAUCUUCAUGGACUUAUGGACAUAAAACAAGUUAUCUAGAAAUACCUCCAGCCAUUGGCAUAGAUUCACCAUUGACUUGCAUCUGUGUUGGUUUUAAAAAAAAUUAUGAUAUAGAAUCUGUAUUGAGUCCCAAAUUUUUAAAUGAAAUAUAUAAAAAGUUAGGAGUUGUAAAUACCAUUUAUACGAAUCCUAUAGUGCCUUCUAAAUCAAUUAAGUAUAAUAGUAAACUGUUUGAAAGAUAUAAAGAAAAUAAAAUAGGUAAAUUUUUUGAUUUUAUAAAAAAUGCAAAAAUAGCUGAACCCGAUUCAGAUCCACAAAAUAUUAUAGAAAACCUUUUUAUAGAAAAUUGUGAUAGAUAUACAUCUAAUAUAAAACAAGAUGAAUAUUAUUUAGAUAAGUAUUCAUUAUUAAAUGGAUAUGAUGUUUGGGAAAAUACAUAUGACAAUUUUUUAGAAGACACAAUUAUAAAAGAUAUAGAAUCAUUUGAAAAAAAUGAUUUAAAAAUAUAUACAUUAGAAGUUAACAUAAAACCAUCAAAAAUAAUUAAACCAAUUCAACUUACAGAUGAUAAAUAUGUUUGUGAUUUUUCAAAAAACAAUUUAAUUAUUCCACAAAAUGAAAUGGGAAAUACUCCCCAAGAUAUAAGCUGUUAUACUAUAUUAUCACCAUUAGAUACUUUAUAUGUUAAAUGCCCAACAAUCAAAUCAAAAUAUUCGGACGCCGAACGAGCGAUUGAGGAUGAAGAUGAUGAGUAUGAAAAGGAAGUUAUAGAACUAAUUGAUCGACUAGAUGUGCCAGAAACCGAUUCAGAUGUAGAAACUGAUCCUAAUGUGCUUCUAGACAAAGCAACAUACACAAAGUACUUUAGCAGCCUUACACUGAAACCAAAAUCGUUCUUUAGCUUAGUGACAAAUUAUUUAUAUGAAGUAGAAGAAAAAGCUGAGACAAUAUUAACAGGAUCUAUAUUUACAGAAAUGAAAGUUUUAAAAAAAAGUAACCCACAUAUAUCAUAUGCAUCUAUAAUUAUACCACCAUAUAUUGAAUCAAAUGAAAUAUUAAAAGUAGAAUGUGAUAAUACAGGAUAUAAAGAAGGUGGAAAAAUUGCUGGAUAUAAUGGAAUUACAUAUAUUGAAAUAUCUAGACAUAAUUACAAAAUAAAAGGAUGUGAUUUUACCCAACAUGAAAGUACAAUUUUAACAAAAGGAACUAACUCACUAGAAAAUGAUAAAAUAUGUAAUAUCGAAGUAUAUCCCAAUGAACCUUUUGGUGUAAUAUGUGCUUCUAGUCAUACUUUAGAACCUAAAAAUUGUUUUUAUAAAGUUUAUGAUAAAAAAAAUAAUAUUAAAGAUUUUAAAGAAUUAAUACCUAAUGCAACUAUUUUAUCAUUAAAGGAUUCAAAACAAGAUAUUGCCUAUGCAAAAGUACCAAAUGAUUAUGUAUAUAAAUUAGAAUUUUCAUGUAAAUGUAAAGGAAAAUUUAAUAAAGAAAAAACUAUAAAUAUAUUACUUAAUAAUGGAGAAAUGGAAUAUGAUGAUUUAAAUAUUGUAGAUUCAGUAAAAGCUAAUAAUAUAAACUUAUGUAAUUUUUAUGAGAAUAAUGAAUUAUCUCUUCUUAAUGCAUCUAAUAAAAUAGUCCUAUGUAAAAUAAAUCCAGAUUUAUUUUCAGAAGUAACUGUAUUACUUCCAAUAUUAGGAGAAGAAAAUUCUGAACAGUCAGAAUAUAAAAAAUAUAAUACAACACCAGAAUUAGAGAUUGAUAAUGAUAUAAAAUUUAUUGGAGAUGACAAAAAGGAACAUACAUUAUCUUCUAUAUUAAAAGGAGUAAUAGGAAAUAGAAUAUUUAACUUUAAAAAAAUAAAACAAACAAUUGAUGGACAAACUAAAGGUAUAGGAUUUUCUUUUAUUGUACCUCCUGUUUUAGAAAACAUUAAUUUAAAAUUCCAAAUUAAUGAAAAGACAGAUGUAGAAUCUGUUUUGAAACCAAAAGGGUUAGUAUAUAUAUUUAUUAAAAAAAAUGUUGAUCCAAAUAUAUUAAAGGUAUGUGAUUUUACAUCAGGAAAAACAAAUCUAAUAGGAAAUAAUAUUCACAAUUUAGAAAAAAAAUGUAAUAUAAAUAUAAAAGGAGGUGAUAUAUUUGGAAUUAUUUGUCCAAAAGGGUUUACACUUUUUCCUAAAGGAUGUUUUAGUAGUGUUAUAUUAGAAUAUUACAAUAAUUCUAAUAAUGAAAAAGAUGAAAAGGAUGAAAAUAUUAAGAACAUAAAAAAUUAUAUGAAUUCUGUUCAGGAAAUUAUAUAUAAUCCAAAACCAAAAGAAAUUAAAGAAUUAUUAGAUGAAGGAUAUACUGAUUUAGAACAUAUGGAAAACUUUUCAAAUUUUUCAAAUAUUACAGAAAUUUUAAAAUUUAAAAAUUAUAAUAUGGGAAAUAUGAAAUGGGAUUAUAACAAAUAUGAUUCUUCUUCUUAUGCACAAGUUCCAGAAUCAUUUGAUACUCCUUUAAAAUUUUCAUGUAGUUGUUACAAUCCUCAAAAUGAAAUAUCUGGACUUAUGACAGUUCAAUCAGAAAAUCUAGAUUUAGAAAAUAAACAACCAGAGCAAGCAAUAUAUGAAAAUAAUAUUAUAUUACCAUAUAAAAAUAAAGUAAAUCAAAAUUUAGAAUUUGAUUCUAUAGAUACAAAUAAUACGUGUAAUAAAAAUGAUGAAUACUUUUAUAAACCUGAUAAUAUUAUUGAAAAGUCAAAUCACUAUUUAUGUGAUUAUUCAGAUGAAAACUUCUUUAAUUUUAUUGGAGAAAAAAAAAUUAAAAGAAAUGUUUGUAAAAUAAAUGCAAAUAAAUUUGAUGUUAUAACUAUUAAAUGUCCAUUCACAAAAAAUGAUAAACCACAAACAGUAGAGAAAGAACAAGACAUUUCUACUAACAAUGAAAAUAAAAUAGUCAUACAUUUUGAUGAUACAGAAUAUGUUACAUAUUUCAAUGAAAAAGAUAAAACAAUUUCUUUAAGAGAUAUUUAUUUAAAAGAUUUUUAUGGACGAACAAAAGAAGAAUUCAAUGAAUUAAAUAUAUUAUCAAUAAAUCCAGAAAAUAAUAAUAUAUAUUAUCCUAAAAAUAUAUUAAACGAUGUUAUAAUAAAUAAUAAAAUUGUAAAAUUACAAACUGCAUUACCUGGACUUAUUUUUUUAAACAGUAAGACAGAUGAUAAUGAUGAAAACAAUCAACUACAAACUGAUGGUACAUCUACAUUUAUAAUACCACCAUUUAUAAAAAAAGAUUUUCAUUUUCAAAUUGUUUGUGGAAAAUAUAUAACAGAAAAUUCGAAAAAUUAUAUAUCUCUUGGAGUUGUGUAUAUAAAUAUAUCAGCUAAUUUAAAUCAAAUAAAUGGAUGUGAUUUUGUUAAUCCAGAAAAUAGUAGUGAUUCUAUUUUUAUUCAUAAAAAAAAUGAAAAAAAUAAUUCAAUAUGUGAAAUUGAUUUAGUACCUAAUAGAAUAGUAGGAAUAAAUUGUCCUAAUAAAAAACUAAAACCAGAAAAUUGUUUUAGUCAGAUGUAUUAUAUUAAAGAAUCUGAAUUUAAUGGUUCUAUGGAAUCAUUCAAUGAUUCUACAAAUAAAGUUGAUAUAACAAGUUUUAUAAAAAAUGCAGUGUCUAUAAAUAAUAUAGAAAGAAGUAAUAAUACAUACUCCUAUUUAAUAUUACCAAAUUAUGUCGAUUUAGAUGCGAAUAUGGAUCAUAUAUUUAUUUGCACAUGUGAUAAUAAAUAUAUUGCAAAAAUAAAAACUGAUCCUGAAUCUAUAAAAGCAGAAAAUAAACAUAAAAAUGAAACGAGAUCUUGUGAAUACGAUUAUGUUAACAAAAUAGCCAGAUGCAACAUUAUGGAAGGAAUGGAAACUAAUGUCUCUGAUGUAAAUUCAACAGUUAUAACAUAUAAUGUCAAUUUAUCUAGAUGGGAUAGAUUAAUAAUUAAAUAUCCUACAUCUAACAAAUUUCAAUUUGAAAGCAGUUUCGUGAACCCAUUCAAUUUAAAAGAAAAGGUUUUAUAUAAUAAUAUGCCAACAUAUAUUGAUGAUAUAUUACCAGGAGCUAUCGUAUAUAAUAAAUAUGAUCCACGAACAAAAUUAAUUGAAUAUACAUUAAGAAUCCCACCAUAUAUUCCUAAACAUAUACAAUUUGCAAUCGAAUUUAAUAAUAGAUAUACAUUAGCAAAUUAUAAUGAAGAAAAAGUACAAGGAAAUAUUGCUUAUAUUAAUGUAAAUGUGAAUCAAGGUUAUAAAGAAAUAAGUGGUUGUGAUUUUACAGGAAAAUAUUCAAACUUGUUUACUAAAUCAUUUAAUUCUAUAAAAAAUGGAACAGAAGAAUGUACAAUACAUUUUACAAGUAAUAAUAAAUUUGCGGGAUUUGCAUGUCCAAGUAAUUAUAUUGUAAAGCCAAAUAAUUGUUUUGCUAAUAUUUAUGAUAAUAAAGAUUCACAAAAAGUUAAAAAGCUAUCUGAAAUUUCAAACAAUGCAGAAUAUGAUUAUAUAAAAUAUAAUUCUAAAGGUUAUACAAUUUCGUAUGUUACAUUCAAUAAUGAAAAUAAAGAACAAAAUAUUUCAUGUCAAUGUAUUGGAGAAAAUUCGACCUAUACUAUUAAUGUUAUCUUUGAACCUUUUUCACCACGCCAACCUAUGAGCAUACUACGUCCAUUCAUAAAAUAUGUUCAAUUAAAUCCUGACACAUUCAGCAAAUAUUUAAGAAGAAAUAAAUGA